GGGAUCGGGAUGGGGCGGACCCGCGUGGAGCUGUUCUACGAUGUGGUGUCCCCGUACUCGUGGCUGGGGUUCGAGGUGCUUUGUCGGUACCAGCACAUCUGGAAUAUUGAUCUGUGCUUUCGUCCGUCUUUCCUUGCUGGCAUAAUGCAGGCAACUGGUAACAAGCCCCCAGGAAUGUUGCCAAAGCGUGGAGAAUACAUGCUGAAGGAUGUAGAAAGGAUGGCAAAAUACUACCAAGUGCCUGUGAAAAUUUCAGGAGGUGUCUUACAACGUGUCAUUGGUACAGGCACUCUUGCGGCCAUGCGCUUCCUCACAGCCAUUGAUAUGACACAACCACGAUACCUGGAACCCUUAUCUAGAGAGUUCUGGAUACAGUUUUGGUCACAGCAUGAAGAUAUUAGUCAACCGGAGAACAUACUGGCUGUUGCCCAACGGGCUGGACUAUCAUCAGAGGUCGCCCAAAAGCAACUUGAAAUGAUCUCAUCCUCUGCAGUGAAGAAUAGACUGAAGGAGACAACAGAGGAAGCACUAAAAUAUGGGGCAUUUGGGAUGCCUGCUGUUGUGGCACAUUUCAAUGGAGAACCUCAUCUCUUUUUUGGCUCUGAUCGCUUAGAGCUGCUAAGCAGCGUUAUAGGUGAAAAAUGGCUGGGGCCAGUUCCAUCAGUUCCAAGCCCCAAGAUGUGAAGAGUCCUGAGGAAGUGUGGAAGAGUGAAAAUAUACACGAUCAACCUUCAGUGAUUAUCUGAAUGUAUCCAAUUUUAUGCAGAGAUGGCUUUCUCAUCUUUAACCACUAACUUUAUGGCUCAGUCUUAUCUCUAAUAACAAAGAAGUUGAAGGUUUGCCAGUAGUACUAGUCUGGUGAGGUCUUUACCAAUACAAAUAUGCUUUUCUUUCGACAGAUUAAUGGUUAACAUUAAAGAUUAAACAUUA